AUGUCAUUGAAGGCGAUCUCAGCCAAAGAUGCCGCCUCUCUGGAUAAAGACCUGAUGGAGAUCGGCGGCUGGUCUCUUGAUCAGCUGAUGGAGCUGGCUGGCCUGUCGGUUUCGCAAGCUGUAUGGCGUGUGCACCCUCCUUCUGCAGGAAAGAAUGUGCUUGUGGUCUGCGGACCAGGCAACAAUGGCGGCGACGGUCUCGUCGCAGCACGCCACCUAGCACACUACGGCUACAACCCAUCAGUUUUCUACCCAAAGCAAGGCAAAAAUGAGCUCUACAGCCGGCUCCGCACACAGCUCGAAAACCUCUCAAUCCCAAUCAUUGCCGACGGAGAUGCCUUCAGUAUCGCCCUGAAAGAAACCUCCCUCCUCGUCGACGCAAUCUUCGGCUUCUCGUUCGGCGGACCCCUCCGCGAGCCCUUUGGAACCGUCAUCUCUGAAAUUGAACGCUCCAGUGUCCCUGUUCUUAGCGUUGAUGCGCCCAGUUCCUGGGAUAUCGCGACCGGCCCGCCGGAGGAGGGACCUGGUGCGAGAUUCAUGCCUAGUGCAUUGAUUAGUCUUUCUGCGCCAAAGCCUUGCGUGAAGUUUUAUUCUGGACGCCACUUUAUCGGUGGUCGAUUCUUGACGAAGGAUAUUGCGGAGAAGUAUGGGCUUGAUUUGCCUAAGUAUCCUGGAAUUGAUCAGGUUAUGGAGGUUGGAGUUGAUGCCGAUGCGAGGAUCUAA